UUUCGUUCCGCGCCGGGAGCUGAGACCCGUGAUUGAGCUCUUCCCUGUUGAUUAGAAGUAGGUUCUGGGAGUGCUGUAAGCAGACAGGAAAAAGAAUCACGCUGAAGGCAGUAGAAUUCCAGAGCUGUUUUGCAGAGUGCGGACCAAGGUCAAAACUUGGAGCUGGAUACGCUGAUAUCAGGUGUGGACCCAAAGGAACCACUCCACGUGCCUCUUCUUGAACGGUAAAGAAACUGAUGAUGAGGGAGAUUCAAUAAUGUGCUCAAGGACAUACAAGGUACAUGGCAGAGCUGGGAUUUCCUUCAGCAGUCCAACUUUAUGUCCUAAGCCUUAAUCAUUACGUUCCUGGAUAUCCAGUACUUCAUAACACAGAAACUAACCCUGGUAGGAAAAGGAUAAGCUCUCAAGGAAGACAAGACCUGGGCCCAGGAAGACUGAGGGGAGAUGGCAACACACAGAGAAACCACAGCUGCAGAAUUACGAGGACUCGAAGAUUUAUGAGUUUGUGUGACAUUUACCUGGAUCUACCCUUCUGUCAAAGCGGCCAUAAUGAUCUGGUUUCACAAAGGUUCCCAUACCUUGGAUGAUCUUCUUGACCAUAUCUUGGUCUUUGUUUUGAUGCUUCCAUAACUUCAGCAGCUGGAAAGUCUGUUCUCGUGAGCUGUGUCGUCGUUUUAUCCGAUCUAUGCUCUCUGCGUUCACUUUGGUGCCAGGCAAAUUGUCUACCAGGACACUGAGCCAGUUCGGGAACUCAGGAAAUCUCACAGAAACCCAUUGACCUGGAAAAAGUGUGCCAAGCUAGGGAAACAGCACUCCCUUUUGAAAGAGGAAUAACAAAGGCAUGGCUUCCGUCUGGUCUUGUAGCAAGGCGCGAACUUAUAUAGCAUCUCUAAAUUCCCUCAACUUAUAAGUUCUGCUGUGUCAGCCUAUGGAUAAUUUUGACCAAGCAAGACUCUCUAUUUCAGGCUCUUCUGGACAUAUCCCUAGACAUUGGAGAUGCAGCAAGAAAGCUGAUUCUCACUCUCUUCUGCUGCUGAAUAGAAAACCUGAAAACGAACACGGAGAUGAGGGUGAAAAAGGAGAUCCAGGAGAGGAGGGAAAGCAUGGCAAAGUGGGACGCAUGGGGCCGAAAGGAAUUAAAGGAGAACUGGGUGAUGUAGGAGACCAAGGCAAUAUUGGCAAGACCGGGCCCAUUGGCAAGAAGGGUGACAAAGGGGAAAAGGGUUUGCCUGGGAUACCUGGAGGAAAAGGCAAAGCAGGGACUGUCUGUGAUUGCGGAAGAUACCGAAAAGUUGUUGGACAACUGGAUAUCAGUGUGGCUCGCCUCAAGACAUCGAUGAAGUUUGUCAAGAAUGUCAUAGCAGGGAUUAGGGAAACCGAAGAGAAAUUCUACUACAUCGUUCAGGAGGAGAAGAACUACAGGGAAUCCCUGUCCCACUGCCGGAUCCGGGGUGGAAUGCUCGCCAUGCCAAAGGAUGAAGCUGCCAACAUGCUUCUGGCAGACUACGUCUCCAAGAGUGGCUUCUUCCGGGUGUUCAUUGGGGUGAAUGACCUUGAGAGAGAGGGCCAGUAUGUGUUCACCGACAACACUCCACUGCAGAACUACAGCAACUGGAAGGAGGGUGAGCCCAGCGACCCCUACGGCCACGAGGACUGUGUGGAAAUGCUGAGUUCAGGCAGGUGGAAUGACACAGAGUGCCAUCUUACCAUGUACUUUGUCUGUGAGUUUGUCAAGAAGAAAAAGUAACUUCCCUCCUGCUGCACAUUUGUCAUUUCCCUGUGACUACCAUGACAGUUAUUUUUAUCCAUCUUUCCUGUCUAAUUACACUAAAUUCAUUCUGACUCAAGGCAAGUGAGAAAUGCUAGACUGAGGUUUGGAAUCUCCAUCGCCAUGCUCGUCCAUGACGAUUUUGAACAUUUUCAUACACGGUAUGUUACUGAGCCAUAAGCUCACCAGGUUAUGGGUCCCAAGAGAGAGCUUGAAUUACUAGUUGUGCAGGAGGUGGCUGUCUAUGUCUCCAAUGAAGUUCUCACUUGGCAUUUGCUCUGCCGUCUCUCCCUAGAGCCGUAAACCACUGUCUAUCUGGCCCAGUGGAUCAUCGGAUAGUUGGUUGGGGAUGAUUAGGCGCCAAGCCAGACAUAUGAGAGGCUCUUCUCUUAGGAAUGUCAAGGUAUUAUCUGUCUUUGAACCCAAGAUCCCCAAUUCUUUGACCAGUCACCCACCAUGGCCAUAGCCACCCAUGCAAGGUCCUCUUCUUUGCAUACCCUCAGAAAUACUUCAACUCUAAGCCUUUAUAUGAGGAACUUCUAGCCUAGUGCCCUGUUCCAGACCAUAUGGAAUCAUCCAGAUAACUUCUGUUCUUCUGGUUGACGGCCUUCACUGAAGUAUACCCAGCCUUGGCCCCCUUUCUGUAGGCCCACAGGUAAAUUCCAGGCCUCCAUAUAUUAACCCUGUGAUCUGAGGAAAAGGGAGGUCUAGAAAUUGAAAAGAAAAAAAAGAAAAGGCUAGCUCCCACACAAUGUUAUUUAUAAUCCUCCUGCUAAAUUGCCCCCUUUAUUAAUAUGGCUCCAUGUUUCCUCAUCUUAUGUUUAUCCAUAGCAACUUUUCUCCCUUUUGGCAUGGAGAAUGAAGGAAAGGGUUUGUGAAGCCUUCAGAAAACUCUAGAAGCUUCAGGGUGCUACCAACACCAAGUCUCUAAGACCCUUGUCUGCCUCUACUAAUAUAUCAUGCAUGGUGACAUUUUGUGGGAGGCCCUUUAUUCUCUGCAACUGUAUGUUGUAAAAAUCUCACAUCAGUGAUGCCUUCAAGUACUUUCAAGUACAUCACAAGAAUGUGUCAAGUGUGGAGCUUGGAACGUGCCUGAGGCUCACAUUUACUAAGCUGGUAAAAUUCUACUUUGAACUGCAGAUCAAACCUCAAAGCAGCUCUAAAUUGAAAUUUUAAAAUAAAAGUUCAACAAAACCCUAGAUUAUCCCCUUAUAAACUGAUGCUCCAGUUAUAGUUUGUGACAUAUAAUUAGACGUUUAAAAUGCUGGCAAAACAGUUAAUGAGGGGCUUCCCUGGUGGCGCAGUGGUUGAGAAUCUGCCUGCUAAUGCAGGGGACACGGGUUCGAGCCCUAGUCUGGGAAGAUCCCACAUGCCUCGGAGUGGCUGGGCCCGUGAGCCAUGGCCGCUGAGCCUGCACGUCCGGAGCCUAUGCUCCGCAACGGGAGAGGCCACAACAGUCAGAGGCCCACGUACCGCAAAAAAAAAAAAAAAUUACAAA